UGUCAAUAAUUGUCAUCAGCGAUUAACCUGGAACAUAUGAUUUUAGAUUUGAGAAUGUUUUAAGAAAUUCGACUUGUUUUCAACUAUCAAAAGAUUCACCAUGAAGACUGUUAUAUUUACUUUUAUCCUCUGUUUUAGUAGUAGUUGGGCACGUAUUCAUAAUUUCCAAAUUUCCAAUGAUGCCAGAAAAAACAUUCCUUUGAGCAAUUUUGGAUUUUAUACCGGUGGAUACUUGGAAAUGGAACUGACCAACUUCACAGCAUCUUUUUUAAACACUUCAAAUUUGUUUGGUUUCAGUUUGGAUAAAACAAUCAAUGAUGGGGUCAAUCCUUACCUCGAUGGGCAUGAUGACACAUGCAUUUUGAAGAAGGACUUGGGAAAACCACAAACUGAAGAAAUCAUUCUGUUUAUUUUAGAUUUGAAAACAAAUCAGCUAGCGGUAAAGUGUAAAGGGAAACAGAAACAUGUACACAUUUCCAAACAGAGGGAUGAUAAUGACAAGUUCAAUGAAAAACCUGAUUGUUCAGAUCUUAGUUUAGAAUUAAGUUCUGUAGAGCGUAAUGGACAUGUUUAUUACAAUACAUCAUUCGUGAUGAACGUUCGAACUUUGGAAGAAGAAGGACUGUACACCUUGAUAUUCCACAACUGCCCCCUGAACGAAAAUGUAGAGACUCACGUAGACUUCAAUAUAAAGAUCGUGGAACAGAAUCCGAGCAGUUAUCUUUCAGCUGGAGACAUGCCUUUACCAGCGCUCUAUUGCAUGAUGUCCAUUCUGUUCCUGCUCUCAGGAAUGUUUUGGGUCUUCUUACUGAAGCAGUCGACACACCCGGUGUAUAAGAUCCAUUACAUGAUGGCGGUACUCGUAUUUCUUAAGGCUAUUACGUUGGCUUUCCAUGGAGUUAAUUAUCACUACAUCGAAAGACUUGGUGUACAUCUGGCUACAUGGGCGAUACUGUUUUAUAUUGCGCAUUUAUUGAAAGGUGCCCUAUUAUUCGUCAUCCUAGUGUUGGUCGGUACAGGAUGGACUUUCGUGAAGCACGUUUUAACACCAAGAGACAAAAAGCUGUUUAUGGCUGUCAUACCUCUACAGGUUUUAGCCAAUGUCGCUGAUAUUAUACUGGAAGAGAGUGAAGAAAGCGCUCGAGAGUAUGUAGCUUGGAAAAACUUCGUCAUUUUGGUGGAUUUGUUGUGCUGUGGCUGUAUUUUAUUCCCUGUUGUAUGGUCGAUUCGCCAUUUGCAGGAAGCAUCACAGACAGAUGGCAAAGCUGCUAUGAAUCUCAGAAAACUAAAACUCUUCCGCCACUUUUACGUCAUGAUCGUUUGUUAUAUAUACUCUACAAGAAUAAUCGUCUAUCUGUUGAAGAUAACAGUGCCGUUCCAGUACGGGUGGCUGCAUGAAAUGUUCAAGGAAAUGGCGACAUAUGUCUUCUUCGUUCUCACAGCGUACAAGUUCCGGCCAGCUUCUCAGAAUCCGUACUUCGUGUUGAACUAUGACGACGACGAUGAGAUGGAUCAAGUACUUACCGAAUCGGGGGCCACCGAAGGACUGAAGAAAGUAAACUCGAGGCACGCGAAACCAUCUCUACAUCAAACCUUCGAAGAGAUCAACGAAGAGGAAAAGGACCUGUUACUCAGCCAAAAAGAAAGUAGUCACGAAUACGAUUAAACGGAUAUUUUUGUUGUGAAUAUUUCGCCUAGUUUUCUACUGUGAUACCAACUAAUGCUAAGUUUGUACAUGAUUAGUGACAUUGCCAGCAAACUGUCGAAAGGUUGUACCGUAUAUCUUAUAUUUGCAAGAUAUACAACGAUAUUUUUUUGUAUGAGUGUGUUCAAAAAGUAAAAAGUCAUUUCUAUUUAUACCACAUAAUCAUUAAUUGCCUCUCUAUACAUAAUACUUUUAAUUUUUUGAAUUUAAGAAAGGCCUAGCCGGGUCGAAUUCCAUAUAGGUCAACGUUUAGCACAUAUAGAGAAACUCACUUUCUGAAAUUUUUAGCCCCCUAGGUGGCCACGUGAUCCACCUAGAGCCUAAUUAGGCUUUUUAUGUUUUUAUUUUUUAUCUCAGCCGCAUCGAGAGCUAGCGAAAAACUUUAAAUAAAAAAGGUGUAAGUGUCAAAAAGAUCUGUCCGAAAAAAAUUUUAUUUUUAAUUUUUGGCAAGAAAUUCAAAUUUUAGAACGAUUUUAAAAUUUUAAAUAAGUAUAAAAAAAUAACUAAGACAUUCGUACUCACGAAAAAAAUUUAUAACGUGUAUUUUUGCAUAAUGUUUUACCGUGAAUUUUUUCAAAUUAUUAAAAUUGGUCACACAGUCACUAGUACUAGUAAAAAACUUAAAAAUAAUUGGGGUUUGCUUAAUACAAAUUUUUUGUAAUGUCAUUCAUUUUCAAGAUACAAAGAAAACAAAAAAUUUACACAUUUUUUACGAUUUUGCCGAAACUACUGGCAACAUUGUAAUAAAAUUUGGCAGGUUUUAAGUGGUAGUUAUUGUUCAUUUUUUCACAUACAAUUAAGAAUUUAAUAUUUAUCAUUGGCGCGCAUACGGGUAAUGGUCUGAACUUUUUAAAGAGAAAAAGAUAGUACGCCACUGACAUAUUUAAAAUUAGCAAUCAUUUUUGAAUUCCUCGUUCAAUUUGUGACAUAAAAUCUAUCUUCCCAUUUUUUCAUACGACGCGCCAUUUUUAUGCAAGAAAUAAAAUAUUUUAAUCCUUACAAAGUAUUCGAAUUUCUAUGUAAGUUUCUAUACAUCUACAUUAUAAUACACUCAUAGUGUACACAUGUACAUUCACAGAAAAACUUAAUUCCAAUACUUUGGAAGCGUUAAGAUAUUUUAUUAUUUGCAUGAAAACGGCGCGUCGUAUGAAAAAAAAGGGUAGAAAGAUUUUUUGUCCGAAGUGGACGAGGAAUUCAAAAAUUAUUAUUAAUUUCAAAUAUGUCAGUGGCGUACUAUCUUUUUUUCUUUAAAAAGUUCAGACCAUUACCCAUAUGCGCGCCAAUGAUGAAUAUAAAAUUCUUAAUUGCAUGUCAAAAAAUGAACAAUAACUACCUCUUAAAACCUGCCAAAUUUUAUUACAAUGUUGCGUAGUUUCGGCAAAAUCGUAAAAAAUGUGUAAAAUUUUGUGUUCUUCAACGCCCUGUAUCUUGAAAAUGGAUGACAUUACAAAAAAUUUUUAUUAGGCAAACACCAAUUAUUUUUCAGUUUUUUACCUAUCCUAGUGAUUUUUUAAACACCCUGUAUAAAAUUGUAUCAAAGAGCGGAAAAAAGCGAAAAUAUGCGGUGUUUUAUUUUUAAGGUCGCCUCAUAUUAUAAUGCACGUCGCGUUUUCGUCACGUAGCGUUUCGUUUGCGAAAAAUAUAAUUUAAUGGUUUUUAAAUUGAACCAUUCAUAUUGUGCGUAUAAGACACGUAACGUAGCGUAUAAGACACGUUACGUCUGCGUUCGGUUCAUUCGAAAACAAUAUUUUUCGGAUGUUGACAGAUACGGGUCGUUUUCCCCUUGUUGUUUAUGUAGGUAUUUCUUUGAAUUUGAUACCGAGUAUUUAGACCGGUCAGUAUCGUCGCCCUCGCUAGCGAAAUUAUUCCGAUUCGAUUUUUUGCACAAAUUUACUCAAAGAGGGGUUCUUAUAACAUAUCCACAGGGUGCCAGGCGGUGCCGUGGUCGAAAAAUUGUUUAAACAAUCUUUUUUAAACAAAUUCACAAAAAUAUUUUUUCAUUCGAGCAAUAUUUUUUUUAGAUAAUUUGGGUAAUUCUGAGCAAAAAAGGUUUCUUGUCAUUUUUCUCUAAAAUUGCGAAAAAUCAAGGCUUAAUAACUCGAUUAAAAAUUAUUAUUAUGAAUUUCAAUAAGUGACCAAAUCAAGUUUCAAACAACUUCUUCAAGGUCCUGAAGAGAUUUUUGUCAUUAUUUUAUUACAAAGCUGUUAUUUUUAACUAUUAACAAUUACCGCUAUAGUCCAACUGUAUCGUCGCCCCCGUUAGCGAAAUUAGAUUUUUUUGCACAAACUUACUCAAAAAGAGGUCCUUAUAACACAUCAUCAGGGUUCCGGGCGGUGCCGUGGUCUAAAAAUUGUUUAAACAAUUUUUGUUAAACAAAUUCACAAAAAUAAUUUUUUAUUAAUAAUUUAAUUAAACCCAAAUUAAUAAUAAUUUGAGUUAUUCUGGGCAAAAAAGGUCUCUUGUGUUUUUUCUCUAAAAUUGAUUGUUGUCGAGUUAUAUGGCCAUUUCCGCAUUUUUGCAAGAUAUGUUUUUUGCUAAGAAUAACCCAAAUUAUCUAAAAAAAAAUCUUUCGUAAUGAAAAAAUUAUUUUUGUGAAUUUGUUUAAUAAGAAUUGUUAAAACAAUUUUUUGACAACGGCACCGCCCGGCACCCUGUGGAUGUGUUUGUUAUAAGGACUCUUUUUGAGUAAGUUUGUGCAAAAACAUCUAAUCGAAAUAGUUUCGCUAACGGGGGCGACGAUACAGUUGGACUAUAGCGCUAAUUGUUAAUAACUAAAAAUAACAGCUUUGUAGUAAAAUAAUGACAAAAAUCUCUUUGGGACCUUGAAGAAGGGGUUUGAAACUUGAUUUGGUCACUCAUUGAAAUUCAUAAUAAUACUUUUAAUCGAGUUAUUAAGCCUUGAAAAUGGCCUUUUCGCAUUUUUCAAAUUUUUAAUCGCAUGUAACUCGACAACAAUCAAUUUUAGAUAAAAGUGACAAGAGACCUUUUUUGCCCAGAAUGACCCAGUUUAUCUAAAAAAAUAUUGCUCGAAAUGAAAAAAAUAUUUUUGUGAAUUUGCUUAAAAAAAAAAUGUUUAAACAAUUUUUCGACCACGGUACCGCCCGGCACCCUGUGGAUAUGUUAUAAGGACUUCUUUUUGAGUAAGUUUGUUUAAAAAUAUCGAAUCGGAAUAAUUUCGCUAGCCGGGGCGACGAUACUGCCCGGUCUAAUUUAAAAAGUAGUUUUCGAGGCAAUUUGUCAUGUAAACAUGUGUUGUGACAAUAAACACAUCUGCACCGCACCAAACUGAAACCAACGUAAACGUUCUAUGUAUGAUAAUGUGAAUGGGCAGUCCGAUUGACGGUCUGCAAACGCUACGUGCCGAAAACGCGACGUGCAUUAUAAUAUGACGCGACCUUUAAAACUACGUUUCACCAAUUUUAAAAAUCUGAAAAAAUUCAGGGUGAAACAUUAUGCAAAAAUACACGUUAUAAAUUUUUUUCGUGAGAACGAAUGUCUUAGUUAUUUGUUUAUACUUAUUUAAAAUUUUAAAAUCGUCCUAAAAUUUGAAUUUCCCGCCAAAAAAUAAAAAAAAAUCGGAUAGAACUUUUUGACACUUACAGCUUUUUUAUUUAAAGUUUUUCGCUAUCUCUCGAUGCGGCUGAGAUAAAAAAUAAAAACAUAAAAAGCCUAAUUAGGCUCUAGGUGGGUCACGUGACCACCUAGGGGGCUAAAAAUUUCAGAAAGUGAGUUUCUCUAUAUGUGCUAAACGUUGGCUAGGCCGUUUGUCUCUUUUUAUUUUUAUUCUUUUUAUAUCAGAUUAAAUCUAUUGUCGAUUGAAUCAGUUAUUCCUGUAGCACGUAACCCGACAAAAGAUCAGUCCAUUUUUGAAAUACCAACAUCUGCAAGAUACUGUGUGACAAUCCUUGCCGCGUGUAGUCUCUCAUUAUCUUGCAUUAGCAGAAAACCAUGGCCAGUAAACCCAGCAUAUGGCUUUACAUGAUGUUGUAGGAUCUUCCUUAUGUUUAUGUUCCUACUAUACUAUAUCCAUAUUAAUAAUAAUAAUCAAAAUAUAUUUAUUUACUUACAUUUUCUAACGUUUUCAAUCAAAACAACUUCAGAAACACUGACAUAGGCAAUAUUCGUAUGAAUGGGAAAGAACGUUUGAACUUAAGCAAAACUCGUUUAACGAAAUUGGCGCGAAAUAAAAUAAUAAUGGGGCUUGUGGGAAUUGUCAGGCGGUAGCUUUUACCGUUUACUACUAGAUGACACCAAAAAACAAUUUUCGGAAAAAAUGGACUUAGGCAAUUUGCUUAUUAGACCGACGAUAUGUAAUAAUUCAUUUAAUUCAAUUAACAUAAAAAAAAAUUAAAACAAAAUGUCGAGAUAAAUAAAAAAUUUCUUACAUUUUGUGGGUGGCCCGUUUUCUCUGACGCGCAGUGUAUAAAGUCAAACUUAAAAAAGUAAGUAUUAUCAAAGUUGGACCUGUUCCUGAGGAUUAAAGAAUAAACAUCUUCAAAAAUAACUAUACAGGGUGUUAGUAAAUAAGUAUGAAAAAUUUUAAGGGCUAAUUCUACAUGAAAAAUUAAUACCAGUUUGCUCUAUAAACAGAUGUCCGCAAAUGCUUAGUUUCGGAGAUAUGGGGUGUUGAAAUUUUUAUUUCAAACUGCCAAUUUAUUUAUUGCUCUAAGACCAGUUGAGCUAUGAAAAUAAAAUUUGGUGAGUUUUAGGAGGUAGUUAUUACGAAUAUUUUGACAUACAAUUUAGAAUUUUGUAUUCAUCAUUGGCGCGCCUACGGGCAAUGGACUGAAUUUUUUUAAAGAAAAAAAUAGUACGCCACUGAGAUAUUUCGAAUUAAAAAUUAUGUUUAAAUUCCACGUUUAAUUUAUGAUAAAAAACCUUUCUUGCCUUUUUUUCAUAUGAUGCCCCGUUUUUAUGCAGAAAAAUAAAACAUCUUGGCGCGUAUUUUUCAUUUCUUAAUACAUCAUCAAGAACUAUCCAAUAUAAUAAUACUAAACUAGAACAAUAACAGAAAAUAUUACUAAUAAUAUUUCAACUAGGUGCAGAGCUGCAAGAAAUGUUUAAAAUGAUCUCCUUUACAGAUAACAGAAGAAUUUUAUAUUCAUCAUUGGCGCGCGUACGGGUAAUGGUCUGAAUUUUUUGAAGAAAAAAAAUAGUACGCCACUGAGAUAUGUCAAACUAAAAAUCAUUUUUUAAUUCCUCGUUCAAUUUACGACAAAAAAUCUUUCUUUCCUUUUUUUCAUACGAGGCGCCGUUUUUAUACAAAAAAAUAAAACACCUUAACGCUUACCAAGUAUUUGAGAUAGUUUCCAUAUGCAUAGAAGCUUAGUUCAAAUACUUUCUAAACGUUAAGAUGUUUAAUUUUUUUGCAUAAAAACGGCGCCGCAUAUAAAAAAAAGGCAAGAAAGAUUUUUUGUCGUCAAUUGAACGAGGAAUUCAAAAAUGAUUUUUAGUUUGACAUAUCUCAGUGGCGUACUAUUUUUUUCUUCAAAAAAUUCAGACCAUUACCCGUACGCGCGCCAAUGAUGAAUAUAAAAUUCUUCUGUUAUCUGUAAAGGAGAUCAUUUUAAACAUUUCUUGCAGCUUUGCACCUAGUUGAAAUCUUAUUAGUAAUAUUUUCUGUUAUUGUUCUAGUUUAGUAUUAUUAUAUUGGAUAGUUCUUGAUGAUGUAUUAAGAAAUGAAAAAUAUGCGCCAAGAGGUUUUAUUUUUCUGCAUAAAAUCGGUGCAUCAUAUGAAAAAAAGGCAAGAAAGGUUUUUUAUCAUAAAUUAGACGUGAAAAAAAAUAAUUUCUAAUUCGAAAUAUCUCAGUGGCGUACUAUUUUUUUCUUUAAAAUAAUUCAGACCAUUGCCCGUAGGCGCGCCAAUGAUGAAUACAAAAUUCUUAAUUGUAUAUCAUAAAAUUCGUAAUAACUACCUCCUACAACUCAACAAAUUUCAUUUCCAUAGCUCAACUGGUCUUAGAGCAAUAAAAAAAUUGGCAGUUUGAAAUAAAAAUUUCAACACCCCGUAUCUCCGAAACUAAGCAUUUGCGGACAUAUGUUUAUAGAGCAAACUGGCAUUAAUUUUUCAUGUAGAAUUAGCCCUUAAAAUGUUUCAUACUUAUUUACUAACACCCUGUAUAUGGUAUACGGUACACGGUACAAGGCAAAUAUGGUGCAAACUAGAUAAAGCAAUGUUCAACAAACACAGAAAAAAAUAAGCGACGUUUCGGCAUCUACGAGUAUGCCUCUUCAGGCAAUAUUCGUCACAUUUGAACACUUCACACUUUAUUGACGGUCCUCUUUCCCACGAAUAUUUGGGCACAACGUAAAAAUGUCGAAACGAAGCUCUAAUAUAACAAAUACUGACUGUCUCAAUCUCUUUAUAUUCAUUUUUGCAACACAAAUAAAUUUUAUAACGAUAUAAAUACUUUUUUAUCACAUAAUUCUCAACAGGUAGGUAGGCUUACACGAAGAUGACAGUCUGAAUGUUUUAAAUUUCUCGUUGAUCUGAUGUACCCCUUGCGACUAAACCCAUUAUCCUUCCCUGUAGGGAAAGAAAUUACAACAGGGCUUAAGUUUUAUAGAACGAAAUUCAGCCCUAGUACAUUUGUUGUCAUUUUGGAACUGUUCAGAUAGUUUGCGCCCAUCUCUAUUUGUAGCAGUUACUUUAGUAACUGUUCAGAUAGUUUGCGCCCAUCUCUAUUUUUAGCAGUUACUUUAGUUACUUUAGUGACUGCUAAAAAUAGAGAUCGGCGCAAAAUAUCUGAACAGUUCCAAAAUUACAAUGAUAAAAUAAAAAUUUUAAUUUUUCUGCACUCACCUCUGUGAACCACGUAAUCAAACAACUAUAGAAUUUGUUGCAGACAUGUUGUGGGCAGUCUUUUUUUAUGUUAAGUUGGUUAAUAAGGGAAAGGUUUGUCCAAUGAGUUGUCCAAGGUAUGCGCAGACAGCGGAUUGGCGUUUAUUUUCCGGUUCAUAGGAGUAAAUUGAGCUUCCUUUAUUGAACCGUCCCAAUCUUUUUCGACACCACUUGACGCGAACCGCUUUUUGCUCUUCUGUGGGCAAAUUAGGGAUCCAACGGGAGACCAACUUCGUAACACCCAGUUCUUCAUGUAGGAUCUUUUGGAUCGAGGUCUUUGAAAUGCCCAAAGAUGCCUCUAUCUCCCGGUAUGUUAUAGGGCGGUCAUCCUUAAUUAGCUGAAGAAUCGCUGUGUGACUGCUGUUUUGGGUAGACCUGGCCUGGGUCGCUGAGACUGGAGCGACCACGUUGAAAUUCGCAAUACCAGCGGGAAAUAGUUGACUGGUGUGAUGCUUCAUUCUCAAACUCAGAAACCAUUUCAGCGACACAUUGCUGUUGGGAUAAUCCUCUCCGAAAAUUGUAAAAAAUUUCUCGAAAAUGAUCUCUAUCUAAUCUAUCCACACGACUUGUCGUAUCGCAAUGAAACUCUGGAUUUAUCUCAACCAAAGAUUGAGGUUACAUUUGUGUCAGAAGGGGGUCGUCCAUGUUUCUCCAACUGUCAUCAAUACCACUAACUUCACGCGUAACUUUGUUGAAACGAGAAUUAUAUUUUAUUGGUGGCGCUCUCUUAGCGUUUAUAUGCAAAACUAAAAAGACAAACCUCGCAUGUAUCUUCUUCUUUCUUCUUCUUUUUGCCCUUUAAUUCGUCCAAUUUUGAAUAUAGGCUUCCUCCAUUCGCUUCUGUUUAGUGAUUUCUGUUUCCAGUAUGUUCAUCCUAUCUUUCUAAUGUCAUCUCCCCUCUCAUCUGGGGUCGCGCUCUUGUUCUUUCCUGUCAAUGGUCUCCAUUGUUGUAUCGUGGUAUUCCACCUAUUAUCCGAUUGUCUGGCGUUAUGACCUGCGAAGCUCCAUUUUAGCCUGGCUAUAUCUUGUCCUGCGUCUUUGACUUUUGUUUUAUUUCUUACCCAGUUGUUUUGCUUUUGGUCUGUUAAUUUUACUCCUAACAUUGCUCUCUCCAUGGCUCUUUGUGUCUUUAUUUUAUCCAUGUUUGCUUUGGUCCAGGUCCAUGUUUGGCAUGCGUAUGUGAGAAUUGGGAGUAUGUACUGGUCAAACACUCUUGUUUUUAAGUAUUGUUGUAUUUUUCUGAUUAUUUAAGGCCCAUUUUAAUUCCCCAAAUCCUGCCCAGGCUAAUCUGAUCCUUCUUUUUACCUCCGCUGUUUGGUUUUCCUUAUUUAUGUAUCUCACCAACAUUUAUUUGUAAGAAAGUCACCUAAAAAUCUAAAACUAGCGUAACUAAGUGCAAUAUUUGACCUGUACCAGGCAAGUAUCGUUCGUGUGAGCCUACCUAACGAAACCUACUCUUAAGGUUCAAUCUAAUAAAAUUCUGUAGAUAUUACUCGCGAUCUUAUGAGGCUCUUGUGAAAACCAUACCAUGGCUGUCAUGGUGAAAUGAAAACACCAAAGACGACUAACGUUGGAGUUUGUAAAAAUGUUAAUUUUAAGUAGAGGUCUUUGUUUUUGAUGAUAUUUAAUGUUAAGUAAGAUAGGAAAUAUUUAUUUGUACUGUAUAAAUAAAUGGAUUGCUGAUUUUUGUAAACCACUGUAGCUACGAAAGCAUGUUUUACUUUUUCUCGCAUAUUAUAUAAAUAUUGGAAAGGAAA